AUGUCUUCAUCUAAGAUCCCCGCCGUGCCCGCAUUCAUGCCCGCCGGAAGCAAUCAGAAGCGUCGCCGAGCUUUGCAGCGCCUAGUUAAGGCGGGCUUCAACAUCGAUGAUGCCCCUCCUGCUCCCCCUCUUCCUCCCUCUUCCUCGCAGCCCUCGAAACUUACGACUCCCGCAAACAACAACUCCUCCAUCAAAGACAACGACAACGAGAACAUGAAGAACUCGCCCCUCGUCCGCAUGGAGAAGCUGCUCCUUCCGGAGAUCGCCAGACUGGGCAAUAAGUUCCCGGUUGUCUUCCCCGGGGAGUCACACAAACUCAACCUCCUUUACGACGUCCCUUUCGACGAGGUGUUCAACAAAGCCAGCAGUCUGCGUCUUCUCACAAAGACUGCAGCCGCUGAGCGCUUUGUGUCCACCGUUCUGGUCGGCAGCAAGAGCGAGGGCUCUACGCGGGCCCAGCGGUUUGACCGUGCGACUGACGACGUCGAGAAGUGCGAGUGGGCCAUGGCCAGCGUCUGGGAGUUCGCCAUCACGGCGAAUGUUGCUGCCAUCGUGAGCGGCCAGCAUAAGCCGUGUCCUGGCUCUCCCCGUCCGCCGAAGGACGCACUGUUGAUGGCGUCUACGAUUAGAUGGUUCGAGAGGGCUUUGGGCAUCACCAUCGAGGAUAUCGCGGGGAUUGGUGUCGUUGGCUCCGAGGCGGAGCCCACCGGCAUCGAGGAUGGAUGUGUGGAGCGUGAGUGGACGUCGGAGGAGAUCUUGGAUCCGUUCAAGAUGAACCUGUCGUUCCCGGCUGUGUGUGCCCCUCCGAAGUGGUACCCGGUGAUCCCAGAGUGUGUCCGGAGCUUCUUUUGCUCGGAGUUUCUGGGCGAGCAUGUCCAGAGGACCCACGACCAUGUUGUCGUCCGCCAAACCCACUUGAGGUGUCAAUACGACAAGCACUUGAAGGAGCUCUUUGAGCACGAUUGGAUGGCGAUUUCGGAUGGCAACAGAUACGCGGUGGUGACGAUGGCACUUUCGAACAUGUACACCAGGGACGAUCCAGUGCAGCUAAAGGCCUGCGAGGGAGUCACGGAGUGGCUUAAGCAGUGGAACAUGACGCCCAGGAAACUGGUGCGUUGCAAUUUCGUUCCGGACCUUCCACCGCCAUACAAGAUAUCUAUGGGCAAGACGGAGAACGGUGCAGUGCAGACCUUUCCUCUCCACUGGCGCGGCGAAUGGUCGCCCGAGUCGCACCCCCAGCAACUCUCCGACGACCCUCACAAGCUUUUCUCGCUCCUCGGCUGGCUCAUUGACUGCGAGGCGCCUCAGCGUCCCCCCAAAGGCUCCAAAGUCUUCAAAGGCCCCAAAGGCUCCAAAGGCUCCAAAGGCCCGAAGCGCUCACACGUCCCGAACGUCAACCCUGUCGGCUUAUGUGACUAUUACGAAGCCGACUGUGCGCAGUGCCGCGUCAACCUUCACCUCAGGCUCCGAGGCGACUCCGCGCCCGAACUCGGAUCCCGCGCCAAAGAGCUCAAGACCACUCCCACUAUCACCAGCAACAAUGGCGAGAACGUCAAAAUCGUCGUCCGUCCUCGAAUUCCACGCAAUCACAUUACCGAGAGGCUCAUUGGAUCCCGCCCCACGAAGUGGCAAGAUGAGAACAAGCACUACGCCGUGUUCCUGGAGUUGGCUGGCCUCAGCAAUGCACUCUUCCUGACGGAACUCGCUUGGGAGAUCAUCAACAUCGUUGGACAGGUCCGCCGCGAACGCAUUUUCUUCAGGCUGCCGAACUUUAGGGCUGCCAUGGAGGGCAUCCCGUCCCUUGAGAGCGAGCUUGAUAAGAAGAAGAAGAAGAAAGGCAAGGCCAAGGUCAAGGCCAAGGGAAAUGGAAAUGGAAAGGUUGUGGAGCUUGUUACGGCUACGGCUGCGGUUACGAUCACGAACGAUGAGAAGGGAAUGGCGGGUCAGAAGAAGAAGGAGAACGCCGACUUCGCUGCCUUUGCUGCUGUCCAUGGGCCCCUUAUUUCCAAUGGAUCUACUUUCAAUGGAUCUGCUUCCAAUGGGUCUACCGCCCCCGUUGGAUUUGCUUCCAAUGGAUUUGCUUCCAAUGGAUCUGCUUUCAAUGGAUAUGCUUCCAAUGGAUCUGCUUUCAAUGGAUCUGCUUCCAAUGGAUCUGCUUUCAAUGGAUAUGCUUCCAAUGGAUCUGCUUCCAAUGGAUCUGCUUCCAAUGGAUCUGCUUUCAAUGGAUAUGCUUCCAAUGGAUCUGCUUUCAAUGGAUAUCCUUCCAAUGGAUCUGCUUUCAAUGGAUAUGCUUCCAAUGGAUCUGCUUUCAAUGGAUCUGCCUUCAAUGGAUCUGCCUUCAAUGGAUCUGCCUUCAAUGGAUCUGCCUUCAAUGGAUCUGCCUUCAAUGGAUCUGCUUCCAAUGGAUCUACCCCGCCUGUUGGAUUUACUUCCAAUGGAUCUGCCGCCCCUGUUGGAGAUACGGCUCCUUCUGAGCCCGCUAUUCCCACCGACCCCGAUGCUCCUCCAUCCUGUUCGCCUGAGAAGCAGUUGGUCAUUGACUACAUCACUUCGCUCCUUCCUGCGCACCACGCGCUCUGCAUCAAUGCGCUGAAGGGACUGGAUGAAGUCUGCUCCGAGAUGUGUCUCGGUAUCCGUUUCAUUAACGUUGAGUCCUACGACAGUGUCAAGGGCGAGCACGAUCAGGGUGGCUUGUGGGAGCGCAAGCCCACCGAGGGGGUGAAGGAGAAGACUCUGGCUGUGUUCAUGGAACAGGCUCCCCAGGUCGUGCCCCAGGUCGUGCCCCAGGUGGUUCCCGAGGUGGUUCCCGAGGUGGUUCCCGAGGCGGUUAGCGAGGUGGUUCCCCAGGUGGAGUUCCAUUGAUCAAUGGAUAUGAACAUGUGAGAGAUGGAUGGUUUUUUUCUUUCUUUCUUUUUUCUUCUUUUUUCUCCUUUUUUUUUCUUUUCAAAAAAACGGCGAUGGAGAGGCAUCAUGGAAGGCGUCAAAAAAGGUGUUGGACGUGGUGAUGAUAUCAUGGCUUUCUCUUUCAUCUGUUUGCUUUUCUUUUCUGAUUGUUUUGCAUUUGUUUACUUUUAUUUUCUGAUUGUUUUUGCGGGCAUUACACUAUGGGCGGAUAUUUUCAAAAAUGGCGAUGGGGAGGCAUCAGGGAAGGCGUCAAAAAUGGUGUUGGAUGCGGGAUGAUAUCAGAG